CAUUCACUUAACAUUUUUCGUAGACAUCUCUAUAGAUUGAAGAGCAAUAUUUUCUAGCAACCUAAGUUUUAGUGAAGUCAGAGCUAGUAUUGGAAAAUGGGACGUUGGAUCAAACCAGAGGUGUAUCCUCUUAUGGCUGCUAUGAGUUUUGUCACCGGAAUGUGCAUUUUUCAGCUAACAAGGAAUGUCGUCCUCAAUCCUGAUGUCAGAAUAAACAAGGAUCAUCGUAAGAAAGGCGUUCUUGAUAAUCAAGAGGAAGGAGAAAAGUACGCGGAGCACAGCUUCCGUAAGUUCCUACGAACACGGCCCCCGGAAGUCAUGCCCGCCAUCAACCGCUUUUUCACCGGGAAAGAGUGAGCAGGCCAACAAUUUUAAUUUUCGCAGCCAUGAAAAGAGUGUGGGAUUUGAUUUAUCUGAACUUUGUUUAGUUGGUUUGUGUGUGUGAUUCGUUUUUUUUUUCAUAAUGUAAUUGUAUUUUAAUUAAGAGUAAACUGCAUAUUUAGUUUA